GUCAACUACUCCUUUUGGCCUUAGCUUCCCACUCCCUCUCUACUCCCUCAACUUAAUGCUGCCAUGUUUCUUUUCUGGUGAAGAAAACUAAGAGUCUUUAAAGAUCAAGAAACAGAGGAAGUCUCUAAAGCUCUGAUCUUUGGAUUCUUUGGCCAUGGAGAAGUUCAAGUGCAAGCUUUGCUCCAAGCAGUUCGUCAAUGGGAAAGCUCUGGGUGGGCACAUGAGGUCCCAUUUGGCCGCUCUACCUCUGCCGCCCAAGACGCCGCCGCCUCUUCAAGAUUCCGGUGAUUGCGGUGGCCGGAGCGAAUCCACUCUGUCUCUCUGCUCGGAGGAGGAGGAGGAGAAGGGAGCCGGCAGUUACGGGUUGAGGGAGAACCCGCGGAAGAGCUCCCGGUGGGUAGAUCCUGAGUUCUUUGACAGGGAGAGCGAGAGCGAGUCGACUCGGUUGUCGACUCGGCGGAGAUCCAAGCGGGCCCGGCGGAUCUUUUUCGCGCAAGCAGAUGGCGGGGGAGAGAAGGGGAAAGGGAAGGUGUCUGAGUCGCCGGAAUCGGUUUUGAGUUCUUUCUCCGGCGAGGAGGAGAUCGCCAGGUGUCUCAUGAUGAUGUCGCAGGAUGUCUGGGGAUCGCCGGAGACGAAGGGCCGUCAAGAAAAGUUUCAGUGUGAGGUUUGUUGGAAGCAGUUCAAGUCUUCGCAGGCACUGGGCAGUCACAAAACGACUCACCGGAAGGGUGAAUCUGAAGAAAAACCAAGAAAUCUUGGGGUCAAAGUGCAUGAUCAGAAAAUGCAUGAAUGCCCGUUUUGCAAGAGGGUUUUCGGGUCGGGUCAGGCUCUGGGCGGGCACAAGAGGUCACACCUUUUCUCUCCCCCCACAGAAAAAGCAGCAUGCUCUGGUUCCCCUUCCCGUUCCGGUUCGGGUUCGGGCUCGGGCUCGUGUUCAUCAAAGCUUAUGAUUGAUCUCAACUUGCCAGCUCCAAUGGAGGAUGAUGACGUUUCAGCUGUUUCAGAUGCAAAUGCAGUGAAGAACUCUUGAGGGUAGUUAAGUAAAGUCACCACCACCCAUGUUUUGGAAUCUUUUUAUAAAGAAAGAAAUUUAAAGCUGAGGUUUUUAAUUUAAUUUUUGCAAUCUUAUGAAAUGGAUAGUUCCAUUCCAUCAACAGACAUGAGAAAAUUAAAGUAUUAAAAGUUGAAUACCAUUUUAACCCCUUUUUUGUUUUUGUUUUCAUUUUUCAUGUUCUGUUUGUGGUAGUUGUAAGUUGUUAAUACACACUUUUCUUAAA